AAUCUUUUUUGGUCUCUUUGAAACAAUAACAUAUUAAAAAAUAUCUUGUAAGAAACGUGCUUUAGUACGUUCGAUGUAAACGAGCCUGUAUUAAAGCAUUGUGCGCAUCAAACUUAAUACGAGUAACAAAGUUUUAACGAUGUAAACUAGGUCAGUACACUGUGAUUUGGUUCAGUUCAGUUUGGAGUGAGCUCGUGGUCGGGUGUUCUCGGUACUCUGCGGUCGCAGAGAGUACCGAGUCACUGCGAGCUGCGAGUCAUUUGCCGAGCGUGUUGCGAAUAGGUCGCUCGCGUGUGGCACACACUUUGAUGCUAUCUUGUGGUGACGCGCGUGUGUGUGUUGCAUGUGCGAUGAACGCGAUCACCUGAAGGUUGCUUGAUUUUGAACUCUUAUUCGGUAUUACAUUUUUAUCAUGCUUGUUUGUGGAGGAUUGUAUCGGACAUAGUAUAGUGUAAGAUACCAAAUAUAGAAAUACCGAAUAAUGAGGACUUAAGUCAGACUAUUGAUGUACGAGAAAUAAACACUAAGAUGCCAGUGGAGUCUUUGUCUAGCAGUGAGAAUGUUAAUAGUCGGAACGACGGAUUCCGAGUUCAAACCCACCUAAGCUUCUUUAUUUUUCUUAGUAUCUUACAGAAAAUCUACAUCGGAGCGAAGGCAUAUGAAGCAGUAAUAGCGGUAUCUUAUAAUAGUGUACCAGCUACAGCAGCCAGAAAUUAUUUUCGUUUACUGAAAACAGUUGUAUACAAUACAAAAUUUAUCAAUAUUACUGCCGUUUCUUCUAAUAUGCGUCAGCCGCACCCCCCUUCUUCAGUCAACACGCCGAUUAUUUCACAGCUGACAUGAUUCGUCAAAAUAGAAGCAACAGGGAACAGUAGAAAUAUCAUGGCAUAACUCCGACACUGUCGUGAAUUGCGGUUGGGUUUAAGCCACGAUAUCUUUUAGUACGAUUUGCGUUUAUUACUGAUUGGCAACGAUGAAGAAUAAAUCCUGUCGAUUGAACACUGUUAACUUAAAGUGAACAAAAGUUCUAUCUUACAUCAGGAUGACAAUUGGAAAUAUUAUAUGUGGUGUAGAUAGUCCAAAAGUGAAGAAAAAGAAAGUUAAGACAACUGAGCGCAGCUGGAUAGAGGCAACAUUUCAAAAGAGAGAAUGUGCAAAGUUUAUUCCGAGCAUUGAGGAUGAACAUAGGUUUGUACAAGUACAGGGAGAUAAGAAUGCAGAGUAUGAUGUGAUUACUACUUCCAGAUGUUGCUGUGGUUAUUCAUAUACCCAUCAUUGCGGGACUGGGGCAGAUGUUCAAAGUUACAGUCUUAGUGAGAAAGAAAAGGAGCGUGAACAAUGGUCUCCGGGAAAAAACACUCGUCCCUUCCCCACUGAUGCAUUUGGUACCAUAGAAUUUCAGGGUGGUCCGCAUCCUACAAAAGCACAAUACGUAAGAUUGGCUUAUGAUACUCGACCAGAGCCUAUUGUACAACUAUUAUGUCGGGAAUGGAAUUUAGGAUUGCCCAAAUUGUUAAUUACAGUCCAUGGUGGUCGAUCAAAUUUCGAGUUACAACCGAGUCUGAAAAAAGUUUUACGCAAAGGCUUAUUGAAGGCCGCUAAAACAACAGGUGCUUGGAUAUUUACAGGGGGAACAAAUACAGGUGUAACACGACAAGUCGGCGAUGCAUUAUUGUUAGAACGCUCUCAACGACAGGGUCGCGUGGUAAGCAUAGGUAUUGCUCCUUGGGGAAUUUUGGAUAAAAGUCACGAAUUAGUUGGCUGUGGUGGAGAAGUAUCGUAUGAUUGUGUUUCCUCACCAUGGACUAAAUAUACAGUAUUAAACAACCGGCAUGCUUACUUUUUAUUAGUAGAUAAUGGUACUGGUGGUCGAUAUGGUGCGGAGAUCGUCCUUCGCCGAAGAUUAGAAAAAUACAUCUCGAAUCUAAAAUUACAACCAUAUACACAUAGUAGCAUACCGGUAGUUGCGUUAGUUAUCGAAGGUGGAACGAAUACGAUCCGCGCAGUUUUGGAAUACGUGACGGAUGAUCCACCUGUACCCGUUGUAGUUUGUGAUGGUUCGGGACGCGCAGCUGAUCUGAUCGCUUUCAUGCACAAAUGGAGAGACGGACAGACUGGUGAUGGAGAAGGACCGUUGGAAGGUGUUAAAGAACAAGUUUUAGAAACUAUUAAAUGCACUUUUCAAGUUUCCGCCGAGCAAGCAAGCCAGCUUUGUUCAGAACUUUUGCAGUGUACACGAAAAAAACAUUUGAUUACUGUGUUCAGGAUAUCACAAGACAGGCCGCAAGAACUUGAUCAAACAAUAUUGACGGCUCUAUUUAAAUCGAAACAAUUAUCCCCGCCUGAGCAGUUGUCUCUUUCUUUAAUAUGGAAUCGCGUGGACAUUGCCCGAAGUGAGAUCUUUGUUUAUGGUCAAAAUUGGCCACCUGGCGCUUUAGAACAGGCUAUGAUGCAAGCGCUUCAGCACGACAGGAUAGACUUUGUGAAACUUCUACUGGAAAAUGGAGUAUCCAUGCGGAAAUUUUUAUCAAUACCUCGUCUUGAGGAACUAUAUAAUACGAAGGAGGGUCCGUCGAACACAUUGGGCUAUAUCUUACGUGAUGUACGGCCGAACAUUCCACGGGGUUACAUGUACACGUUGCACGACAUCGGUCUCGUGAUUAACAAGCUGAUGGGAGGAGCGUAUCGCGCACAAUAUACACGACGAAGGUUUCGCAUGGUUUAUACGAAGGUGAUGAAGAGAUCCGGCGGCGGCCAUCAACAGCAUAUGCACCGGAACAGUUGUGCUCCGAAUUGUAACACACGCUAUUAUGCUGGCUCCGGCGGGAAGUCCGACAGUUUGACCAUGAGUUUGCUUGCCGAGACGUUACCAGCUAAUCGUGACACUCCUCUCUUCGAUUAUCCUUUUAACGAACUGCUUAUUUGGGCUGUGCUAACAAAGCGUCAACAAAUGGCUUUAUUAAUGUGGCAACAUGGAGAGGAGGCAUUAGCCAAGGCUCUUGUCGCCCUAAAAUUGUACAAGGCGAUGGCACACGAAGCGGCCGAGGAUGAUCUGGAAACUGAAGUGUACGAUGAAUUGCGCGGCUAUGGCAAGGAAUUUGAAAACAUCGCGGUUGAAUUGUUGGAUUAUUGCUAUCGACAAGAUGAUGAUCAAACGCAGCAACUGUUAACUUCGGAACUUCAAAAUUGGUCAGGGCAGACGUGUCUUUCACUUGCGGUUACAGCAAAUCAUCGACCACUACUGGCGCAUCCAUGUAGCCAAAUUAUCUUGGCUGAUUUAUGGAUGGGUGGUCUUCGUACACGUAAAAAUACUAAUUUGAAGGUGAUUAUGGGGUUAUUCUGCCCUUUCUAUAUAACGCGAUUGGAAUUUAAAAGCAGAGAAGAACUACAACUAAUGCCCCAAACGCAAGAAGAGCAUCUGAUAGCUCUAGAAGACGAGAAGGAAGACAGCGAUUCUGAACAUAGUGUACCAGCAGGACCAGAUGUUGAGAAACGUCUGCGCAGGAGCCUGAGCAUACGCAACAAACCCAGCAGCCAACAAGGCGUUAAGGCUUUAAUUAGUAACGAGCACAGCACAAUAAUUAAAGAAACGAUCGUUCAAGAAAAUGGAAAAGUACUAACGGACAUGGAUGAUGGAAUACAUCGCGCUUAUGGUCUUCGAUCUGAAUAUUAUGAUAAUAAAACAACCAGACCAUUGAGAUUGAAAAAGAAAUUGUACGAGUUUUAUACUGCACCAAUAACAAAAUUUUGGGCAAAUGCUAUAGCAUACAUUAUUUUUCUGCUUUUUUUCUCGUACUGCAUUUUGGUACAUAUGGAUGAUCACCCAUCAUUAGCUGAGAUAUAUGCAAUUGCAUAUAUUUGUACUCUCGGAUGUGAAAAGGUACGCGAAAUAGCAAUCUCGGAACCAGCAAAACUCUCGCACAAGUUUAGCGUGUGGGCGUGGAAUAUGUGGAAUCCUUGUGAUGCCGCUGCUAUUAUAUUUUUCCAAAUCGGAUUGGCGUUACGUUUGCGACACUCGACUUUUGAUGUGGGUCGCAGUAUAUAUUGUGUUGAUUGCAUCUACUGGUAUUUACGAAUCCUGAACAUCCUUGGUGUUAACAAGUAUUUUGGUCCUUUGGUAACCAUGAUGGGAAAAAUGGUUAAAAAUAUGAUAUACUUUGUGGUGCUUUUACUAGUUGUACUCUUGAGUUUUGGUGUUACCAGACAAGCUAUAUUGAAUCCCAAUCCUGAACCAACGUGGUUAAUAGUACGAGAUAUAUUUAUGGAGCCGUACUUUAUGCUGUAUGGAGAAGUGUACGCAGAUAGUAUAGAUCCUCCUUGCGGGAAUGAGCCGGGAAUGGAUCCGUGUAUUCCGGGUCGUUGGCUAUUUCCUGCUACAAUGUCCGUGUAUCUUUUAGUUGCCAAUAUUUUGCUGAUAAAUCUGUUGAUUGCGGUGUUUAACAAUAUUUUUAAUGAAGUAAAUGCUAUAGCUCAUCAAGUCUGGAUGUUUCAACGAUUUACCGUCGUUAUGGAGUAUGAGCAGAAACCGGUGUUGCCGCCACCGCUUAUAGCAAUUUGCCAUAUAUAUUUACUGCUUAGAUAUUUUCUGAAGCAUAUUACGCAAGGUAAAAACGGCACUGGUGAGACGUGUGACAACGGACUGAAAUUAUUUCUGGAGGUUGACGAUAUGGAACGACUAUACGACUUUGAAGAGGAUUGCGUCGAAGGCUAUUUCCGUGAACAAGAACUCAAGUUGCAAAUGUCCACGGAGGAGCGUGUGAAAAUUACAACAGAUCGGGUAGAGAAUAUGCAUCAGAAGAUCGAAGAUAUCAAUAAGAAAGAGAGCAAUCAGAACGCAUCUCUUCAGGCUGUUGAGUUUCGUAUUCGCAAAUUGGAGGAACUGAGUCAACAGACUUUAGCACAUCUCGGAGUAAUUCAUCGUUUCAUGGCAACGUACAUACCAAAUGAAGAGUUAACCGGUUUAGAAACAUUCGACAAUUUUCGGCAGCGUCGAGUAUCAGAGCGAUCAGAGGUUCUGUCCGAGGCGGAUUCUCACACACAAUUGCCGAUGAUCGCGCGGCGCAAGAAGCUCCUGCGAUCUCUCACUGACGCUACCUUCCUGAACGCUGGCCACCCGAUAGAUGACGUGCUCAAGAUAGCUGAAGCCAUGACCUCCCGUGAAAAUCUCAGUAGACACGAUUCUUCUGUAAGUGUGGAUGCUCACGUCGGUCAGGACGACAUUAAGACAACUACGAGCUUGGAAACGGAUGGCAGUAAGGAUGUUCUUGAAGGCGAGACAGGCAAGAAAGAAGCGCCGUUCGAGAAAGGAGAGAGUCGAGACACCAGCAGGGAAGUGAGCAGAGAGAUUAGCAGAGAAAUUAGCGUAGAAGCUACCAGCAGAGAGGUCAGCAGGGAGGUCAGUAGGGAGACCAGCAGGGAACCUAGCAAAGAGGCCAGUAGCGAGAACCCACCCUCGGACAUUAGGCAGGACUCGACGGAACGUACACUCAGGCAAGACUCCAUAGAACGUAGCACGUUCAGGCAGAACAGCAACAGGACUCGAUCAGAAUCGGACGAUUUCAUGUUGCUCCCUCCGCCUGGUAUCCAGAGGGCUGUGACCUGGGCGGAGCCUCGCGUGGCUGUGAUUCCGUCGUCAGUCACUUCGGCCGGUAGCGCGCAGAGGUCAAUUUUGCUGGCAAUGCGCGCCGAGUACACUAGCAUCACGGAUGAGCUCGAGAGUUAUUGCGGCUUGCUGAGUCCGCCAAGGACGCCGCCGCUCUCGCCGCAACCGUCACGGAUGCGCACUAUGUCAGACAUGUCAAAUCCCGAAAUGGCAUGGCAGAUCGAGAAUGAACAUUUGCGCGACGCGGAGGAGUGCGAUUAUCAGCAGAUGGAGGAUCUAAUUCAGCGACGUUACCGUGGUGAUGGUGAUAGUGGCGAAGACGGGCCUUCGAACAUGCGUGCGAACGAGACUGGUGGCGGUGUCGCGGGCUUCUUCAACGUGCCCAAUGAACACCGCCAGCUGCGCCGCGCUUCUGCAAUCGAGGAGGAUCCCCGCCGUCCACCGCCAACGAUCAGUGUCACCCGAGAGAUUGAGCAGACGCUUGCACGACCAACGAUCCGUGAUCAGGAGACUACCGAUUCCAACGAUAAGAAUCUGAGUACUGUACCUGCCCCCGCUUCCGAAACUAUGUGUUAAACUGUAUGUCAGAGUUGGAAUAUGCAUUGUUCGUAGAAUUUUCAAUUUGCGACUCGUAAAAUAAUUUUUAUUGCAUUAUAUAUCAGUUUUACGAUUAUGUUUUUAUUACUCGGGUAUAUUUGAGAAGAGGAUAUUAUGGCUAUUGUCGACAAUAUGGCUACCCCUAUUAUACAAAGUUAAAAUAACAUGGAAUUUUGUUAAUAUGAUUUUUUAAGCAAAAUUUUGAUAUUGAAAUAUUUCUUCGAUACAUCGAUUGUCAUUCUAG